CCGGGGAGCCCAGACUUCAGUCAAUCUGCCAGGUCUGGUUCGCGGCGCUCCGGUGGCGACACCCGGUCCACAGCCCGGAGGACGAAUAGGGCAGGUCGAAUAGGGUGAGCGAGAGUCGAGCCGUCCGGACGCGAGGAUGGGGUGCUGCGCGCGGGCGCGGUGAAGGUGCAGAGCGAUGGUGCUUAGCCCUUUCGGGAAGUGUAGCUCUCCCCUGGCACUCCUGGGCGGGCAGACCUUCGGGGACGCUGGAGCUGCAGCUGGUGAAUUUGUACUGAAUUUGGUGAAUUAGGCGAGGAGCAGUGCAAGGCUUUUCUUCUUUUCUUUUUUUAAUAGAACCUUUUGUCUUGAGCUCCUUGGUAUCUAUCUAGGUUUCAGAAGUGAAACUCGGUCCCUCCUACCUAAUUGAUAUUAGGACCCAAGGCUUAUUUUGCAGGUGCCUUCUGAAGAACUACCAUGUCUGGGGAUAGUUCAUCUUGCACAGAACACAGAAGCAGCAGCAGCAGCAGCAGCAGCAGCAGCAGCAGCAGCAGCAGCAGCAGCAGCUGUAAACCUCAUGCCUCCAACCUUCGGAAAGCAGGGAAGAAAUGCUCAUGGGCCUCCUACAUGACCAACUCCCCAACUCUCAUCGUUAUGAUUGGUUUGCCAGCCCGGGGGAAGACUUAUGUGUCCAAGAAACUAACACGCUACCUCAACUGGAUUGGGGUACCCACCAAAGUGUUUAACCUCGGGGUAUAUCGGCGUGAAGCGGUCAAGUCCUAUAAGUCUUACGACUUCUUUCGGCAUGACAACGAAGAGGCUAUGAAGAUCCGCAAACAGUGUGCUCUGGUAGCACUGGAGGAUGUAAAGGCCUAUUUUACUGAAGAGAGUGGGCAGAUUGCGGUGUUCGAUGCUACCAAUACCACUCGGGAGAGGAGGGACAUGAUUUUGAAUUUUGCUGAGCAGAAUGCCUUCAAGGUAUUCUUUGUGGAAUCUGUCUGUGAUGAUCCUGAUGUCAUUGCUGCCAAUAUUCUGGAGGUAAAAGUGUCAAGCCCUGACUAUCCUGAAAGGAAUAGGGAGAAUGUGAUGGAGGACUUCCUGAAGAGAAUUGAGUGCUACAAAGUCACUUACCAGCCCCUUGACCCAGACAACUAUGAUAAGGAUCUGUCUUUCAUCAAGGUGAUAAAUGUAGGCCAGAGAUUUCUGGUCAACAGAGUCCAGGACUACAUCCAGAGUAAAAUUGUCUACUACCUUAUGAACAUCCAUGUCCAGCCUCGCACAAUCUACCUUUGCCGGCAUGGAGAGAGCGACUUCAAUCUUCUGGGGAAGAUUGGGGGUGACUCCGGCCUUUCACUUCGAGGAAAGCAGUUUGCUCAGGCUUUGAAGAAGUUUCUGGAGGACCAGGAGAUCCAGGACCUCAAAGUGUGGACGAGCCAGUUGAAGAGGACUAUUCAGACUGCUGAGUGUCUUGGGGUGACCUAUGAGCAGUGGAAAAUACUAAAUGAGAUCGAUGCUGGCGUGUGCGAGGAAAUGACGUAUGCGGAGAUUGAGAAGCGGUACCCCGAGGAAUUUGCACUUCGGGAUCAAGAGAAGUACCUGUAUCGAUAUCCUGGUGGGGAGUCAUACCAGGACCUGGUGCAGCGACUGGAGCCUGUCAUCAUGGAGCUGGAGCGUCAGGGCAACAUCCUCGUCAUCUCCCACCAAGCUGUCAUGCGCUGUCUCCUGGCCUACUUCCUGGAUAAAGGCGCAGAUGAGUUACCAUACUUGAGGUGCCCUCUCCACACCAUCUUCAAACUUACUCCUGUGGCCUAUGGUUGCAAAGUGGAAACAAUUAAACUGAAUGUGGAGGCUGUGGACACACAUCGUGACAGGCCAACUCACAACUUCCCCAAGAGCCAAACCCCUGUAAGGAUGAGAAGGAACAGCUUUACGCCUCUGUCCAGUUCGAACACAAUAAGGCGUCCGAGAAAUUACAGUGUUGGGAGCCGGCCCCUCAAGCCCCUCAGCCCUCUCCGUGCCCUGGACAUGCAAGAAGGGGCGGACCAGCCGAAGACCCAACCAGGUCCUGCAAGGGUCAGCCCAGGCUGCAGACCAUCCACAGAAAGCCCUGGAGUUUGCAAGUGGACAUAGGGUGAGAGCUCUUGCCUCUUUUCCUGAGAAACAAUCCGAAGUUUUUGCUGCCCUGGGGAGCUGGCUCUAAGGCUGUGGACAUGUUUUGGUUUGUGUUACUCACUGGAGGAGCAGACAGUCCUUUGCUGGUGUGGAGUGGGCUGGGGCUGGGGUGAAGUCCAGAUCUUACAGAUUCACAGUUCAGACAUUUUGUCCUGUGGUGCUCAGUUUCUUUGAAUUCCAGUAGCUUUCCUGCAGCCCAUGGUCUUUGGGGCUGUUUAAAAGCACCCCGAUCUACCAUUGAGCCGUGAAUUUCUCCAGGCAAAAGGCAGGGUGUUCAGUAAAUUCAGUAAAGCUGCUCAUCAUACUUUUUAGAAUAAUUUCCUUAAGCUAAGUUUUUACAUGAAAAAUUAUUUUUUGAGCAUGAAAGUUUUGAUAAUGAAUUUAGCCUCUUAUUGGGGCAUUUUGUUGGUAUUGGAAAGCUAUCUCAGUAUUCCAAGGAGUCUCCUGAAGUUUGGCUCUUGGAAGUUUCUAUGUGUCUAUUACUUGCUUAAAAGAGAUUCUCUCUGCCUUGGCCCCAGGGCCUUGUCUGCUGAGCUCAGAACCAGUUCACCCGUGUACACUUUCCUAAGGGACAGAUCUAAAGGUCUCCUGAGAUUUUUCAGAAGAGACAGGGGACUCCCUAUCUCUCAGCUGGUCUUGUGGGGCCAGCUGGUGAGCGAAAGUUAGCAAUUUUCUAUGAGACUUUGUCUUGUGAUAGAAAGCUUUUUGAAUGAUUCUUAUCCGAAACAGUCCUUGGACUGUGCUGUAGAAGUUUUGAAAUACAUGCAUGCUUGGGUUCCCUUGAGUCAGGCUGAGUACUGCCUCAAAAUCUCUGGGUUUGGAGCCUAGAUCUGUGGGUGUUUAAAUUACUUCCUUAGUGGUCAGUCCACUAAGAGUCAGUCCCAGGUUGAGAGGCCAUUUGAGGGGCUGGGGAGAUGUCUCAGCCGUUCAGAGAGAGCACAUGCUGCUCUUCCAGAGGUCUAGACCAUGGUCCCUGGCAUUCAUGAUGAGGGGCUUACAGCAAGCAGCCUGUAACUCGAGCUUCAGGGGAUCUGGUGCUCUCUCCCCGCUGUCCAGGUACUUCGUAUAUGUAGCUUAUAUAUACAUAGACAUACAAAUACACAUAAAUCCCAUUUUAUUAAGCUGAAUAGAAAAAUGCCAAUAUAUUGGUAUCUUAGGCAAGAAUGUAUCAGACUGGAAAUUGUGAAUUCUUGGUUCUGAUGCUGGGACAGAGCACAGUUUUGAAUGAGUUACCCCCUCAAAGGCAGGCUGCUUUGUUAGAAAGGUGUUCUAGUCCCAUCUUUUACCUUGGCAUCACAGGGGGAUUGCAGCACAUUACUGACUUAAACACGUACCCUUGGAUCCACACUGAGAAUGUAGGCAAGGUGAAGGUACAUGGAGAUGGAGCCUGAUGGAGGUGAUCAUCACAGGCGGCUGACUUCUGGCCUUGAGUCCUUUACCCAUCCAUCCUUUAGAGAAUACUUGAGUCAGUUUCAGAGGCUGCCUGGAUUCCUGAAACUCAUCCAAGACAAUGACACUGGGAAUUCCUGUUAGGCAGUGCUCCUUGUCCCCUCUGGACCUUUGUUUGUGGACACUAGCCUUGGUGAGGAAAACACAUGCAGAAAGACAAAACAGAACAAACAUUCUCCGUUUCCUUGCCCUGGAUAUUACAGACAAUACAACAACCAACCAACCCUUAGGAGGCCAGGCAUGUAUGCGUGUGAGGGCGGGCCAACUGGGACUGGAUAGCCUAUGCGGGGGAAGGCUUAUUCCUGGAGGAAACUGAGUCUCUCUCUCUCUCAGCAGCCUUGAUUGAGGAGGUUUUUCUGCGUACAUGUGUAUACAUGUACAAUUAACUAGAAGAGAUUAUGACCUGGAAAGAGAGUAGGGAAAUGUUGGCGGAGUUGGACGGGAAGCAGGAGGGCUAGAAUACAGUACUCAUGUAUAAGAUACUAGAAAUAAAAUUUAAGAAGACAGAGGAUGUAAUUGGUGAAUGGAUUAUCAAAAGAAUCAAACAGGCUGGGAGAGCUGACAUAGGAGGAGAGGAUAGCCUGUCUUCGGACUGUUUUCUGGCUCUACGGCUAUGAGACCCCAGAGGUUUGGGAUGUCCUCUCCCACAGUGUGAGGAUGAGUUGUGGUCUCGGCGGUAUGUCUGGUACUUUUACAUGGUUCCUUUGUCUCCUGUUGAGUUAUUAGCAGCUCUGGUCUAAAUUGGCAUCCAGUCCUUUCUCCUGCUGCCAGGUAAGAGUAAUUCAGAGCUACUGAGUGGGAAGAGGAAGAACACUGGUCCAACAACUAAGGAUCUAGGCUCCAAGAGGAGCCGUUGCUGACCACUUGAGCUAGCUUGUUGUAAAUACCGUCUUCAGGGGCGCUUCGCUGAACCGUCAUUCUGACUCAGUCCGCUCCUCGCUCUCCCGGCUUCCCUGUUAGUUCACUCCUGGUGCAAGAAGAGCUGGGGAAGUCUUGUUAUCCCUGGAUAACAAGGAGUGGAAGUUGGAGCUGAAAAGCAGCAGGGUUUCAACAUCCUUCACCUUUUAGAGCAAGAUCCUUCAGAGGAGCUGAGCAGGGGAAGCAGGAAAACAGUGGAAAGUGCCCUUACUCCAGAGCUGAGGGAAGUUCCACUUCUCAUCUUCCCGCCUUGUUACUUAGGGGUGGGAGAUGACCCUGCUGUGCCUGUGUCUGUAUCACAAGCCCCUACCAAGAAAAGGUGACUUGUACCUGUAUCGAGGCUUUCAGUUUUGCUGUGGAGGGAAUAGGUGAAGACUUGAAUCUACCUGUGUAAAAUGGAAGAGAAAGUAAUAGUCUGUAUUUAUUUAUUUAUUUAUUUAGUUAGUUAGUUAUUUUUAAACUCAAAGCUGAAUGGAAGUUGAAACCCCGAAGAAUGGUGGGAGUUGUAGCUCAGUGGUAGAGUACUUGCCUAGCACGCAGGAGGCCCUGGGUUCAAUCCCCAGUCCUGGGGAAAACGAAAACAACACUGAGUGAGAAAGUCAGGCCAUGGAUUGGAGAGAGAAAUCUAGAAGAGAGUUAAAGAACCACUACUGUCCCGUCUUGUUUCCAAACUAGAAUUUAGCGCUUACUGAUCAUUGAUGUAGGACCUUUUCUCUUGGUAAAGGAACCAUUUCAUAAUUUUUAGACAGGCGUUAUGCUAUAUGUUCCUAAGUUCCUGGUUCCUAAGAAGUCAGUUAGGGAUGCAGCAGGAUUGUGUUCCUAGACCAUUAAAUGGUUGAGCAUUUCAGGCAAGGAUCUGAGUAAUCCUCUUUGAAAACCACAGUUGAUCCCCCAGGCCCCUCAUUUGAGAAAACAGUAUGAUUGUUAGGGAAUAAGCCUGCCUGAGGAUUCUUCUGGGACAGGUGUCAUCUGAGUUCCAGAGAAGCUCUUUAGUGUUUAGAGUGGCCAGUGAACGGGGAAGCACGUCAGGUGCCUGAGGUAGCUCCUAGUGAUGGGGUUUCACGCACAUCCCCCUGCCCUUGCUAGUCUCAGAAGAAUGUUCUGUUUGUUGAAGUUUUAGUAAAUUACCCAGUUUUCCUUGUAUUCAUUUUUACUUGUUUGUGUUUUAAAGCAUUUUUAUUUUAAAACUAUGUAAUAUGUAACAGUUGAGCCAGGUAGCAGGACUGCCGUGCAAGAUCUUGACUUUUCCCUAGAGGUGGUGGACACACAUCAGAAGUGUGGCUGAGAAUUUUGUUUUAUAGUGUCCAGAAGACGAGAGGUCUGUUUGCCAACUGUCUCUCAUUUCUCAUUGUCCUGAUUGGUAGUCUGUUUACAUCACUAUAAUUCCCCACCUAUUACACACGUCCUUUAAGAAAGGAACUGGAUAUUAUACUUGUUUCCUUUAUGGAGAAGUUCUGUACACUAUGACUUUUCAUAGAUAAUUAUUGUGUAAUAGUGGCCAACUUCUCAUUAUUUUUUAAAAGAUGAUGUUGUAGAUUACUUGUAUGGCAUUUUGUGAUCCUAGCUAAGGUAAUGCUAUAAGAGUUGUGAGUUACAGAAGUACAGUAACAAUGAAGUUGUGACUUUACUUGAAGUUAUUUCAUCCAGUCCCCUGCUUCAGGGUAGGACUUCCUUUUUACCAUCCAUUUCUGAACCUAAUGUCUCCUCAUACUAUGCUGUCAUGUACUCUCACUGAGAAUGCUGCUGUUUUUAGUCUGCUGUGUGUUUGGCCUUAAUCUUACACAAAGGGAAAUGUGCAUUCAAAAACUGAUCUCAAGAGUGACUCAGAGUAUUUCUUUUCUUAAGCCUUUCACUGGGUGUGUGACUAAUAUUCAUGUGACUCACUUUUUCAAGAAACUUCUGAAUGGUGUGUAGUUUUUUGUUGUUGUUGAGGCAACAAGGUCAACUUACUCAGAUGUGGUGACUUUUCUGUGGCAAAGGGCCUAUCACCAAUGGGGAGUGUGAUACAGAGAGGGCCGAGCACUGCUGGUCUGGAUUGGGGAGUGUGAUACAGAGAGGGCCGAGCACUGCUGGUCUGGAUUGGGGGUGUGAUAUAGAGAGGGCCGAGCAUUGCUGGUCUGGAUUGGGGGUGUGAUAUAGAGAGGGCCGAGCAUUGCUGGUCUGGAUUGGGGGUGUGAUAUAGAGAGGGCCGAGCACUGCUGGUCUGGAUUGGGGGUGUGAUAUAGAGAGGGCCGAGCACUGCUGGUCUGGAUUGGGGGUGUGAUAUAGAGAGGGCCGAGCACUGCUGGUCUGAAUUGGGAGUGUGAUAUAGAGGGGCUGAGCACUGCUGGUCUGGAUUGGGGUGUGAAAUAGAGAGGGCCGAACACUGCUGGUCUGGAUUAACGUGGGCUGAACUUAGGAAGCCCAAUAACAGAAUUUUAUUGCAGAUUUCUUAGGCACAGGUCUGCUGAAAGUGGGGAUGUCAAUCCUUAGUAGCAUUCUGAUUUAUUCUCAUGAUAACUGAUAAUGAAAUACUGCGUUGGGUCCAUUUAAAGUGUAUAUAAUUGUAUUCAAAAUGUGUUUUAUGUGCAUGUCUGUAUAGAAUGGGUUAAUAAAGUUGUUGAGUAACUUGACCGUA